CACGCUUGUGUACACCAUUUUCAACGAGGCAUUUAAUUUCUAUGGGAGCAUCAAGGUGGAUGUGAUGCCGCAAAAUUUUCCUUUUGCGGAGAAGUGGGGGUCCUUAGUCGGUGAGUUUUUUGGGGAAAAGAGGCUUGUCCCUCAUCCAGUUGAAGUUAGAGGGGGACUGGAAAAGAUCGGUGAAGGCCUGAAAGAUCUAGAGGAGGGAAGAGUGAGUGCGAAGAAGCUGGUGUAUCGCGUCAGUGACUCGUAGAGUAGAGCAAUUAUUGUGUUGCGGCACGAGUAGUAUCAACGGCAAAAGUGACGACAGAUUGAUUUGUCAUGCAUGGUGUCGCUGCCUGUUGCUGCGUGGUUACGCGCUACUAUAAAUACAAUUCACUUAACGCGAGUCAAAUGGCAUCGCGUGUUUCCUCCUAUUCAUAUUCACGCAAAACAGUAAAAUAGUAAACAUGGCUCUGAAAUUCUCUACUGUGCCCUCGAACGCCAAGCAGCCCCUCUCUCCCUUCACCGUAUCGGUAUCGGAUGAGCAAAUCGAGGAGUUUCGCACACUAGUGAGGCUCUCAAAGAUCGCUCCACCUACUUACGAAGGAUCCCAGGAAGAUCGUAGACUAGGACUGCCUACUGCUUGGCUGGCGAAUGCUAAGGAGGAGCUGCAAAGGUUUGAUUGGAGAGAAGCUGAAAAGCAUAUUAAUGGCUUUCCCCAAUUCACCCGUGAAAUUGAAGGCCUGACGGUUCAUUUCGUCGCAUUGUUCUCGGAGAAAGAAGACGCCAAGCCGAUAGUUUUCCUACACGGAUGGCCUGGGAGUUUUCUUGAAUUUCUGCCCCUUCUUUCAUUAUUCUCGGAUAAAUACGAACCAAACACCCUUCCUUAUCAUUUGAUAGUUCCAUCACUUCCUGGCUACGCUUUUUCGUCUGGUCCGCCAGUUGAUAAAGACUUCAACGGAAAGGAUAUUGCACGAGUUGUAAACAAGCUGAUGAUUGACCUCGGGUUUGGGGCUGGGUAUAUUGCUCAAGGAGGCGAUGUAGGAUCUAGAGUCGGUCGUAACCUUGGGCUCUACCAUGAUUCUUGCAAAGCCGUUCAUUUGAACUUCCUUGGUUUGGGAAAGGCUCCUCCACAGGCCAAGGAGGAGAAAUUGUCAGCUGUCCAAGAGCAAGGUGCAAAACGGAGGGAGUGGUUUGGUAUCUAUGGAACUGGUUAUUACUAUAUGCAUGCAACACGUCCAAGUACUAUUGGACAUAUUCUAUCUACAAACCCCGUUGCGCUCCUCACAUGGCUUGGCGAGAAAUUUCUUGACUGGCCAGACAAUGACUACCCAAUUCCACUGCAGACGAUUUUGAAAGAGGUUGCGUUGUAUUGGUUCACGGAGACCUUUCCCAGGUCUAUUUACACCUAUCGCGAACUUUAUCCACCACCAGCUCUUCACCCUUCAGUCACCCCCGAAGGGUAUAUUCACAAACCAUUUGGCUUCUCAUAUUUCCCGCAAGAAAUUAUGCCUAGUCCCCGGUCGUGGGUUGAAGCGACAGGCAAUUUAGUAUUUUGGAAGGAGCAUGAAAAGGGUGGCCAUUUUGCAGCGCUGGAACGACCCCAAGAUAUUGCAGACGAUAUCGUUGAGUUUGUAGAACAGGUGUGGCCAACACUUUGAUCCUCUAUUAGCCGUCGAGGUAUUCCAUUAUAUCUCAAUAUAUUUCAUAUGGGAGGUGUAUCUGUGGCUACUUUAUUUACCUUUUGUUUCAAAGUAGCGAAUCCGAAGAAUUAUAAUUAGAAAUUAGCUUAUCGUAAAAUUUUCUUCACAUAAGCUCCAUCGGAGGUGGCCGACGACGACAGUGGGGGAGAUUGCUUUAAUAUUUGGGAACCAUCAAAUUAACUCAGGCACAGA